AUGGCAGAUACUGGCAUUCCAGACGGCAUCAAGUGCGAUACAGUUGGAAACGUAUACUCGGGUUGUGGAGAUGGUCUUAACGUCUGGAAUGCUGGAGGCACUUUGAUCGGCAAGGUUCUGGUACCUGGAGGUGUGGCAAACUUCUGCUUUGGCCGCAGUGGGGAACUGUUCUUGCUGAACGAAACCAAGUUCUGGGUCGCGAACAUAGCACCUUCAGUAAAAGGUGCCCUAUUGGAGGGUAUGGGCAUCGACUGUGAUAAAGUCAGCAAGAACAGCCGUUCUUCUGUCAUAUAA